CGAAUCACAUGUGAUAUGAUGGAGCUAACCGCGAUAAGAAAAGUAAUAAAUUAUUAAUGAUGCCGUCACAAAACAAAACUAUUGAGUGCUAUGUUUGUAAACAAUAGUAAUAUCAAAUUACUAUUGGGGAAAUAGUUAAGGCAUUCAUACUAGCUUUUUUUUUAUUUUGUAAUCUAGUCAAAGUAGUUUAAUUUUGUUUGGGGAAAACCAGCUAAACUCAUCGAAGUUUUGUUUCUGAAUAAUCAUUUUUAAUUUAUUAUCAGCAUUUAUUAAUUUUGAGGAUUUCAAGCAUGUCGUGUACUUAUGCGGACGGUUUGUCUAAAUACGAAGAUAAAGGAGUAUGUGGAUUAAAAGAGAUCCAUGAUGAUCCAUCAACCUUAGAUGAAAAAAUUGAGAAAUUGGCACAAAUGAUAAAGGAUGCUAAGCAUGUGGUAGUACACACUGGAGCUGGCAUAAGUACAUCAGCUGGUAUUCCUGAUUUUAGAGGUCCCAAAGGUGUUUGGACUUUAGAAAAAGAAGGUUUAAAGCCAAUUAUUAGCCUUUCAUUUAAUGAUGUACAACCUACCGUGACCCAUAUGGCAUUGAUUGCUUUGUUAAACAGAGGAUUAAUACAUUUCUUAGUGAGCCAAAAUGUUGAUGGUUUACAUCUGCGAUCUGGUUUUCCACCAGAUAAAUUAGCUGAACUACAUGGCAAUAUGUUUUUAGACAAAUGUAACCAUUGUGAAAGGUUAUUUAUAAGAAAUGAAGCAACAACUACUGUUGGUCAGAAGUAUACAGGGCAUUAUUGCCCAGUACCUAAGCCAAAUGGAAGACGCUGUAGAGGGAAACUCUAUGAUACAAUAUUAGACUGGGAAGAUGAAUUACCUUUUAGAGAUCUAGAUUUAGCUGAGCUCAACUGUCGCAAAGCUGAUUUGAGCAUAUGUUUAGGAACAACCCUUCAAAUAAUACCCAGUGGUAACCUUCCUAUGUUAACUAAGAAAUCUGGUGGAAAACUUGUAAUAUGCAACUUGCAACCAACAAAACAUGAUAAAAGUGCAGAUUUGAUAAUUCAUGGUUACAUAGAUGAUAUAAUGAUCAAAUUGGCCAAAAUUUUAGAUGUGGAAAUACCAGAAUAUAAAGUUUCUAUGGAUGAAACUAAAAAUUUUAGAGAAAAUCCCAAAGAAUAUAUCCAAGAUUUAUGCACAGAAGAAGUUUCUUUGAAAAGGAAGAGUGAUAUGUUGUUAAACAAUGAUGAAGUAAAAUGUGCUAAAACCAAAGGCAAUGGAUUGCACAUUAAAAGUGAAAAAGAAGUAAAAGAUGAAGAGCAACCCGAAAAGGAUUCAAGUGAAAUUGACACCUGAUAAUUUUUUUUCACAAAGAGAGGAUUUGAUAAAAACAUGAAAUAUUAUCAACUUAAAUGUAAAGACAUUUUACAUUCAUUGCACAGGAGUGAAUUCUCUGAGAGAAUAUUAUGAGAAAUUAAAUUUUUAUUGCAUAUGUACAGUUAUAGUGAAAAUAUAUAGAUAUAUUACUAUUUACAGAGUCUUUUAAACUUUUAUGCAUAUCUAGAAAAACAGUGCAUCAUGUCUUUCAUUAAAAUGCAUUACAUAAGUGUCACUCGAGGUGCUGGUAUGAAUGAACGUGCAAGGGGUUUAGCUGAACACUUUGGUGCUGGAAGGAAGCCUGGUGGUCUUGUUGAAAUUCCAGUUGAUCUUAGAGUGGGCAUUUUAUUAUUCUUGCUUGUCUUGGCUUUACUGUUUGAUGGUGCAGAGCUGAAAAUCGAAUAAAUCAUAAUAUCAAUUUUAAAUGUGCCAUGGAGGUGUUGAAGUAGAUAAUAAGACUAUUUUAUUUAAUCUUUUUUAAACAAUUAUCAAUGAUUACAGAAGAAAUUUUUUAUGCUGAUAUUGAAUAGUAUAAUUCUUGCAAUUGUUUUUUUACUCAUUAAGUCAUUUAAUGUUAGUCAGCUUUCAGGUUUUGUAUUUAUGCUGGAAAAUAUAUUAAAAUAUUAUUCUUAGAAGAAAAA